CAUAUAAUACAGAACAACAUACAUAUAUAUCUUCUAAUAUGUCUAGUCUUAUCAUAAAGAAAAGGAAAAAAGAAGAAGCAAAAGUAAUGUCUUUACAACAUUUCAAAAAAGUUUCUUCAUUUGUGAAUAUUGUGAAUUUUAAAUGUGAAUAAAUUUAAAUAUAUGAUAAAUGUAUAAAUUCAAUAUAUUAUAUCUUAAAUCUUUAGAUGAUUAAAAAAAUUUAUUUCUUCUUUAUUAUUACUUACAUUAUUUUACUUUGUUAUAUAUGUUGUUUUGGAUUUGUGCAGUAAAUUCUAGUAGGCUAACUCGAUUGUCUUUUGUCAAAAACUGUAGUCAAUUGACAAAAUGAUCCACUGAAGUAUCAUACUUCUUAUAAACAUAUUAAAAAAUGUUUAUUUAUUUGAUAGCUCCGGUGGCUACAUUAUUUUUUAUUUUUGGACUCUUAAACAUUAAGUGUUUGUAAGUGAAAUUAUACCAUAUUUCAAGCAAUUUUUCUAGUAAAAAAUAUUUUUUCUUUAGAUAUAAUUGGUUACUAGCAUCUUUACGAUGUUCGCUGACUCUAUACAAUGGGUUGAUAUGUAGACCUGCCAUCCAAACGUCAUUAAAUGAAGAUUUUGAAAGUAAUUUAACAAUUGAGAGUCCUAUGGCUGUAAUCAGUGAUAAGGCAGAAUAUGAAGAUCUUUUAGCACAAAGCUUAACAAUUAGUAAUAAUGAAAGAUUAUCAGAUAUCCAUUUGGGAGAAACCGGAAGUAAAUCAAGAAAUGUAAAUCUACCACGAUAUUCGUUUGAAGAUAUAAUAUCAGAGAAAAAAGAUAAAGAUCUUGGAUUACCUGUCAUGAGAACUCUACAAUUAGAAUUAAUGCAAGAUGAUACUAUACGAACUAAACAAGAAGGAAAGGAGAGUAUAUUUGAAACAUUAAAAAAUUCUAUUGAAAAAAGUAAUUAUUCAUCUCCUCGGUUAAAUACUAGACAAAUAUAUAAUAUGAUCUUGAAAGAAACUCUGAAAGAAAGUGAAGCGAGACAAAAAUUGUCCGACAAUGAUAAGUUCAAUGAAGUGUCGCCAAUCGAAAUAAAGGAACAUCUUCCAUCAUCGUCGGAAAAUAAACCUGAAUUAGAAAAUAAUAUAAAUAAAUAAUCGAAAUGUAAUUAAAUUUUAAAAAGUAAUGUAUAUCAAAAAUAAAAAUAUACCUUAAAAAAC